CCAGUGGAAAAACCGUAUUGACAACGUACUUUAUCAUUGAAAAGAACUUCAAUUUCCACGCUUUUCUAAAAGUCACAUAAAUGUGUGUACAUUUGACCCUGAAACAGUCUUUUUUUCGCUGCGCAAUAUAAAAAAGAAUUGGUUGAAGACUUCGCAUUUGGUAAAGGUGACGUAAUUUCUUCUAAUGAUGCAAACAGGAUCCAUUUUCCAAGCUGCUACYWURUUUUCGCUUUUGUAUCUUCUUAAAGCCAACAAAUGUCACGUUUCAAUCAGCAAUGUUGCUCUGAGUGGCCAUGUGUUCGCUUCGUUUCAUGCAGACAACAUGCAUGUUUGUUAUGAAAGAUGUCAGGAGAAGAUUGGCUGCUUGAGUAUCAACUAUUACAGGGACAGCUUUACAUGCGAGCUUAAUAACAGGACAAUUGCAGUGAAGUCAAGAAUGAAGGAGUUCAACUUUAAUGCAGUUUACUUUGAGCGUAUAAAACCAGAAGCUAUCGGAUCUCAUGAGGAAAUCCCMGCAGAAUCCUGCAUGGAAAUACAAAAUAUCACUGGUUCAUCAAACAGUGGUUUAUACUGGGUCAAGAAUGAAAUUAGCGGGAAGGUAGAAAGGAUACGUUGCAAUGGUGGGAUUCCAGAUUACUGCAGUUCCAACGCAUGUGCAAAUGGAGGAACUUGCGUCAGUGGAGCCAGUAAUUUUAGUUGUACAUGUCCAGCGGGAUUCGAAGGGAAAACAUGCGCUACUAUCAAAAAUUCCCAGUGGCAAGAAUACAGUCCUUAUUGGUGCACUAGUAGCUAUCGCAGUGGAAGGCAGGACGGCUUGACAAAAGAUCAGUGCAAGGCCAAAUGUACUGGGAGCUGUAAGGGUAUGGAAUGGUGGGAAAAGAAUGGCGCGUGCUUUUUUUGCAGCGAUCCAUCGAAAAGACAAUCGUUUACUAAUACAAAGGAUAGCGCCUACCCUCCUUAUGUGUUGGUUGCAUCUUAAAAAUGAAAGUCAUCAACUUUGUACGUUGAACCUUCACCAUCUUGAGUAAACGUUUCAUAGUUUUGCAUCGAAGUAGUCUGGAAAAAGUGAUCAAUUUCCAUAGUAUGUGAAAAAUCAUGGAAUUGUCGAUUUACAGUGAAUUUUACACACAAUGUAAAUUUAUUAAUUAACACAGAUCAAGGGAAAAUUAAAUCAUGUCAAUAACGAARCCCUGUAAAUGCGGAACAAUCGUGUAAAUAUAAAUUUACGGCAUCUUUACAUGAUUUUUACAUACUAUGGAAAUUGAUCWCUUCUUCCAUKAGACGACCUGUAAGCCUGCAGUGAUAAAAAACUUCUUUCACUGCUGUGGGCAUGCUCAGUGGUCGUCUCACUUUGAUGCAAAGUUACCUUUCAAGAUGGCGCAGGAAUGUGUGCAGGGUAAAAAAAAAAUGUUAUUUACACCGACGGAUAAUUCACCUUUCUUUAUCAGAUAAUUUUAUUGUUUUUUAUAGUUUGAAAACAGUCUCAAAACAUUCGUCGGAUGAUGUUUAUAUAUCUCAUUCUAUAUCAUCAAGUGGAGUCCACAAAGCUAUGUUGUCUGUACUAAAACAUCUCUUGGUACACUGGACAUCCGUAUUAAUUUAAAAAAUGUAUUUUUGAUAUUAGGUUUAAGUUGAAGUACAAAUGAAACCUUUUAGAAAAUCAUUUAAA